CUUCUUCCAUUUCAGUCACAAAACAAAACCCUACUGUUCCUACUGUCACACACACACAGACGCUCUCUCUCCCUUCAUUGUUUAUUACUGAUCCAAUCUCACCACCACCAAGAAGUAGAAGAUGCAAUACAAGAACCUUGGUCGAUCGGGUCUGAAGGUGAGUCAACUCUCAUACGGAGCAUGGGUUAGCUUCGGUAACCAACUAGACGUUAAGGAAGCCAAGUCCCUCCUCCAGUGCUGUCGCGACCACGGCGUCAACUUCUUCGACAACGCCGAGGUUUACGCCAACGGCCGCGCCGAGGAGAUCAUGGGUCAAGCCAUCCGCGAACUCGGUUGGAAGCGAUCCGACAUCGUCGUUUCCACCAAGAUCUUCUGGGGUGGCCAAGGCCCAAACGACAAGGGUCUCUCUCGUAAGCACAUCGUUGAAGGUACCAAAGCUUCCCUCAAGAGACUCGAUAUGGAAUACGUUGACGUCAUCUAUUGUCACCGCCCUGAUUCCUCAACCCCCAUUGAGGAAACUGUGAGAGCCAUGAACCAUGUCAUUGAUAAGGGUUGGGCCUUCUAUUGGGGCACCAGUGAAUGGUCGGCCCAACAGAUCACUGAGGCUUGGGCCGUUGCUGAUAGGUUGGAUUUGAUUGGGCCUGUUGUGGAACAACCUGAGUAUAAUCUCUUGUCCAGGCAUAAGGUUGAGUCUGAGUUCUUACCACUUUACACCAACUAUGGGUUGGGUCUCACCACUUGGAGCCCUCUUGCUUCUGGAGUCCUCACUGGAAAAUACAAGAAAGGAGUUAUACCCCCAGAUAGCCGCUUUGCAUUGGAAAACUACAAAAAUCUGGCAACACGAUCACUGGUUGAUGAUGUGCUCCGAAAGGUUGAUGGUCUAAAGCCAAUAGCAGAUGAACUGAGUGUGCCGUUAUCUCAACUUGCAAUUGCAUGGUGUGCUGCUAAUCCUAAUGUUUCGUCAGUUAUCUGUGGUGCUACAAAGGAGUCUCAGAUUGAAGAGAACAUGAAAGCAAUUGAUGUCAUUCCAUUACUGACCCCUCCUGUGAUGGAGAAGAUUGAGGCUGUUGUUCAAAGCAAGCCAAAGCGCCCAGAUUCAUAUAGAUGAAUUGGUUCUCCAUCUGGAACACAACUUAUAAGUGCAGUAAAUGAGAGGCCCCAUAAUCCUAGUGCACUGGAAUGCUAUGUUGAAAUUAGUUGGUGUGAUUGAUGUGAUUUCCUCUUCACAAAUCACAAUUCCUCCUUUUCUUUCUUAUUUUUCCUUUCUGGUACUGAUUAUACCCUUUCUUGUUUAUGGGUUCAAGUUUUCCAAAUUGAUUUUGGGAGCAAUUUAGUCCAAUGAUUGAGGACUUCGGAUUUAGGUUUACAUUCUCCUUCAAUAGGGAUAUAUGCUUAUGGUUUGGAUAGCUCUAAUUUAUUUUAUAAUGUCGACUAUUAUUUGGAUUUUGAUAGUCCAACUGCCUUGUCCAUGUAGUUAGCUCUACCUACCUAGUGAGGAAAGACUUGGUUAUUUUGGGUGCUGCGCA